AUGCUCUCACGAAAGGGGAAAAAUAUUUUUGAUGCAAAUUUUAAACCAGAAUUUGUUAAGUGUCUGGAUCUUAAGACUGGCAGAGAACCAAACCUUCUUACAUGCGAAGCAUUUCCUGAUCAAGGUAUUUGUCUUAGUUACUUGGGCAGUGGGGAUGCGUCUACUGUCUCAGAUGCUAUCGCCGAGCAAUUUGACUCGUAUCAAAUUUCAGAUUUCUAG